AGUCCCAACGGUUCGUCACCUUGAAUCGCCUGUGACGUCGUCUAGCAUCUAGCGUCAGCAGUUCUAUCUACUGCUUUCUCAUCACCGAAAAGGUUUCGAAUGCUCAUCAUUGUCUUUAUCUUCACAAGCUUGCUGUUCUUGUAUUGGCCUACUUCUAUUGUAUUGUAUUGUAUUGCUUGAAUAUGGAUGAUUCUGUUUACUAUCCUCAUAAUUUCUCACGGCAAAGGCCACGGCAAGCAGUCUAUGUUGGUUCUCAACAUCCCAGAUCGUCCAAUCUGAAGUCAGGCGAUGGAAGUCAUGGGAGGGCAAAUGUGGGCAGCGCCAGUGCUACUCGCCACAUACCAGCCGCUGUGGAGAGAAUGCGACACAGAAGUGAAAGAUUGAAAACGUUUUCUAAAUGGCCACUGUACGCCUCUGUUGGUCCUGUUGAUUUAGCUCAAGCUGGUUUCUACUACAUGGGAGAAAAGGAUAAAGUGAAAUGUUUCUCUUGUGGUUGUAUUGUUCAUCAGUGGGCUCAAGGGGAUAAACCUUUGGCUGAACAUCAACGGAUCAGCCCCUUAUGCCGUUUUCUUGAAGUCUUUGGUGAACUUCCAGUUUCAAAGCCACUGAAAGAUCCCCGGAUGAUAGAUGAACGAAAUAGGUUGGGUUCAUUUAGAAAUUGGCCACUAGCUUCUCCCGUCAGGCCAGAAGAUUUGGCAAGAGCGGGAUUUUACUACACAGGUAGUGCAGACAAAGUACAGUGUUUCUCUUGUCAAGGAGCUAUACACAAAUGGGAGAACGGAGAUGAUGCUUUGCAAGAACAUAGAAAGUUCUUUCCUGACUGUGACUUUAUUGGAGGCAGAGAUACAAGUAACAUUCCAAUAAAUCCAAAUCCACAGAAAAUUCAUACAGAACAUGGAUUUCCUAUUUCUGCUUCACAUCAUGAACCGUGGCACAAGCCUAUUGAAGCAGCAUCUUCUACUAAUAGGAAUAGCAAUUCUGUUUACUGCCUGCAAGGCCUUAACUCUGCUCUUCCGUCAGCUCAUCCAUCUGUGAGUGAUUUCAACUACGAAAGCAUGAGAGUAGAAUCAUUUCAAGCUGCUACAUGGCAGUCUGCAAACGUUCCUGUAUCUGAACCUCUUCUGGCUCAAGCAGGUUUUUUCUAUACCGGCAUUGGUAAUAUCGUCGAGUGUUUCUGCUGCCACAUCAAACUGAGUGAUUGGAAAGUAGGGCAUUCUCCAUUUGAAGAACAUCAGAAAGUACAGCCAAGAUGUCCAUUUGUCCAAGGAGUUGAUGCAGACAACAUUCAUUCAAGGCUACCAGUUAUGGCAGGCAAUACAAGCAGAGCUCUUGGCAUGAGAAGCAUUACUGAACGAUUGGCCUCUUUUUCUCGUUGGCCAACUUCUCAUUCAGUGAAAGCAGUGAAAUUAGCUGAAGCAGGUUUCUAUUAUGCUGGAAAUGGUGAUUCUGUGAUUUGUUGUAGCUGUGGAAUUAUCGUCUCUGAUUGGAGACAAGGAGACAAGCCAGAAAUAGAACACCAAAAGCACAAACAAGAUUGUCCUUACCUCAACUUAUAUUUUCCUGACAAGACACACACAACAGGAGCAAGAAUGAUUACACAGGCAACUGAUAGUAAAGCAUUGUAACAUGUAGUUAAGUUAUCUAAUUGAUAUCAGCUGCACCAUUGAAAUCACUAGAGUAUUUGUAAUUGAAAUUGCUAGUAUGUGAGCUACUACAAGACUUUGUACGUACCUAAUUACAUUGUUUCUGCAUUUCCUAAAAUCUCACAUCUAACGGCACAUUGUAUGUAUGUAUUGCAAAUUAGAGUCAGAAAUCUG